ACGUACAAAAUAGUGCUCCUGUCGGUCUGUUGUCUCUGACUGAUGACGUAUCGGUCACGUUCCCUUAUCUGUUUGUAAGCGACUCCGGAAACCUCAUCCGCUGUUUUCAGUCGUGGAGGAAUAAAAAGAGAGAGAAUAACUAUGAGGAGGUUGAUUUAGUGAAUUAGAAACGUGUGUGUAGAGACCAAGGUGGGAGAGGCCAUGCAGCCCCUGAGGGACGCUGAGCUUGGGGCUUUCACCUUCUUCGCCUCCCCUCUUCCUCACGAUGUGUGUGGCAGCAAUGGGCUCCCACUGACCCCCAACUCCAUAAAGAUCCUGGGCCGCUUCCAAAUCCUCAAGACCAUCACCCACCCCAGACUGUGUCAGUAUGUGGACAUCUCUCGGGGCAAACAUGAAAGACUGGUUGUGGUGGCUGAGCACUAUGAACACAACCUCAAGGACCUUUUCAAGCAAGACAAAGCAGUCAGCUCAGAGAGGGUGCUGCAGAUUGCCUAUGAGGUUUUGGAGGGACUGGCUUUUAUGAACAAACAUGGCCUGGUGCAUCGAGCCCUCAGCCCGCAUAAUGUGCUUCUGGACUGCAAGGGCAACGUUAAGCUGGCCAAAUUUGGUCUUUGUCAUAUGACGGAUCACGGAGCAGAUGUGGAUUUCCCUAUCGGGUAUCCUUCUUAUCUGGCUCCAGAGGUGAUUGCGCAGGGUUUGUUCCACUCCUCUGAAGGCUCUCUUGGGGAGCCUCCUCUGCCGUCUGGGCCUAAAGCAGAUGUGUGGUCUCUGGGAGUGCUGCUGUUUGAGCUGUGUGCUGGGAGGCAACUUCUGCAGAAUAUUGAGAUCAGUGAGAGAUUAAAGUUCAUUAUUACUUUAGGUUGUAUGGAUGACAUAGUCACUGUCCUUGCCGAAGAACAUGGAUGUCUGGACAUCAUUAAGGAGCUUCCGGAGAAUGUGAUGGCUUUAUUGAGGAAAUGCUUGACUUUUCUUCCUUCAAAAAGGCCCACCCCAGCGGAGCUGCUGGAGGACGCAGUGUUUGAGGGAGUUUCCUGCCUCUACACGCCCUAUCAAAUUCCGGUCAGUCUGUUCUCCUCCUCACUGCGCUGUGCCCACCUGGAGCUGCCUGAAGACAUCAAUGAACUCUGCAAAGUUGACGAGGAAGAUUACUUGUCUGAGAGAUCCGUGGAUGAGGUCUACCACCUGUGGUGUCUGGCAGGAGGAGACUUGGAGAAAGAACUGACCAACAAAGGCAUCAUACAGUCCAAACCUCCUGUCUGCACCCUGCCCAAUUUCAUUUUAGAAGAUGGAGAGUCUUUUGGCCAAAGCCGGGACCGCAGCUUCCUCCUGGAUGACACCACUGUGACACUCUCCCUUUGUCAGCUGAAAAAUAGGCUGAAGGAUGUGGCAGGGGAGGCUUACUACCCACUGCUGGAGGAUGAGCAGAGCAGCUUGCCCCAGUCCAACAGCAAUAACGAGCUGUCCGCUGCCGUCAGCCUGCCACUCAUUAUCCGAGAGAGAGACACUGAGUACCAGCUCACGCGCAUUGUCCUCUUCGACAGGCUGCUCAAGGCAUAUCCAUACAAAAAGAACCAGAUUUGGAAGGAGGCCAGAGUGGACAUUCCCCCACUGCUCCGAGGACUGGCCUGGGCUGCUUUACUGGGAGUUGAGGGGGACAUUCAGGCAAAAUAUGACGGCAUCGACAAGGACACCCCCAUCCCUACGGACAGACAGAUCGAAGUGGACAUACCCCGCUGUCACCAGUAUGAUGAACUGUUGUCCUCACCCCAGGGUCACAUAAAAUUCCGUAGGGUCCUGAAGGCCUGGGUGGUGUCUCAUCCAGACCUUGUCUACUGGCAGGGUUUGGAUUCACUGUGUGCCCCUUUUCUCUACCUGAAUUUCAACAACGAAGCACUCGCAUACGCCUGCAUGUCUGCCUUUAUCCCCAAAUACCUCUACAACUUCUUUCUGAAGGACAACUCGCAUGUCAUCCAAGAGUACCUGACGGUCUUCUCUCAGAUGAUAGCCUUCCAUGACCCCGAGCUAAGCAACCACCUGAAUGAGAUCGGCUUCAUUCCAGACCUUUAUGCCAUCCCAUGGUUCUUAACAAUGUUCACUCAUGUGUUUCCCCUCCAUAAGAUCUUCCACCUGUGGGACACUCUGCUGUUGGGGAACUCCUCUUUCCCGUUCUGUAUUGGAGUGGCUAUUCUGCAGCAGCUGCGUGACAGGCUUCUGGCCAACGGCUUCAAUGAAUGCAUCCUGCUCUUCUCUGAUCUGCCAGAGAUUGAUAUUGAGCGUUGUGUCAGGGAAUCCAUCAACCUGUUCUGCUGGACCCCCAAGAGUGCUACAUACCGCCAGCACGCCCAGCCGCCCAAACCUGCAGGUGACAGCAGCAGCAGCUUCGGCAAAAACCCUGCCUACUACUCAGCAGAAUACCAGGACCUACCCAACACGGACCUGUCCCGUGAGCCACUAAAGCUGUCUGAGCUGAAGGCUGAGAUUUCGCCGCGUAUCUCUGCUGAGGAUCUGAUUGACCUAUGUGAGCUGACAGGCCCAGCUCAUUUUAAGACUCCUGUAAAAAGGCCCAAGACGGUCAAAACCAAGAUUGUGGCAGUGGACAUCCGGAGCUCUGAGGACUUCAACCGUGGUCACAUCCCGGGCAGCAUUAAUGUCCCGUACAGCUCAGUAUUCGGGCCGGACGGAGAGGUGCUCCAGAGCCCCGGAACCAACGUGCUGACCAGCUACAAAGGCCGGGUCAUCGUGGUGCUCAGCAACAUCAUGAAGAACGCAGCUACGUUUGCUGCCCACCUGGUGAAGGUGAAUUACCCUCGCGUAUGUGUCCUCGAUGGCGGCAUGAACAAAAUGAAGCCCACUGGUCUCCUUACUGUCCCCUCACCACAGAUAUAAACUCUGCUAGAGCUCAAUGUGUGUGUGUGUGUGUGUGUGUGUGUGUGUGUGUGUGUGUGUUAGUGGUCUGCUGCCUGACCCGAACCUAACAGGGCCCAAUAAAACAUCAGAUUUUGGGGCGAGUUUGUUUCACAUGCAACUCUGGACUGGGGUUUGUUUAAUAAUGAAUUGUUUUUUAAUGUAGUUUUUAUGUUGUCUCUCCCUCUGUCUAUCUCUAUGUCUCUGUCUCUUUC